CUACCUGCACAUUGGAGCAGUCCUCGUUCUCGUACCUCCACCCGAGGCCCCUCUGGAAAACGAGGUAAUCCCCUUUUCCACCGAAGCGGUCGUUUUGCCUUCCUGCUGACGGUGUUUUUUGGGUGGAGGACUCGCCCGGAGCAGGUUUUUAAUACCUCGUCAGCAGCAGCAUUUAAAUCAUCCUGGCAUCGUCGAGGACGCCCGCGAGAACAAACAUGAGGGUGCAAACGGUCUCCAGAGCACAAAUCCUGCAGGACCUCGGCCUGCGCUGCCAGUCGCUCGCAGCCAACGACAACCGAGGCUUCAGACAGGAGUUUGAGGAGCUGGAGGAGGUCGGCAAAGACCUGCCCGCCCGGGUGGGGGACUCGGGGGUCAACCGGGAGAAGAACAGAUACCCCUACAUCCUGCCGUAUGACCACUGUCGCGUGAGGCUGUCGGUCCAAAACGGCCAACCGCACACCGACUACAUCAACGCCAAUUUCGUGCCCGGCGGGGAAUCGGAGAGAGACUUCAUCUGCACACAGGGACCUCUGCACAACACCGUGGCCGACUUCUGGAGGAUGGUGUGGGAGCAAAACGUCAGGAUAGUCGUCAUGGUGACGGCGCUGAGACAAAAGGACCAGGUGAUGUGUGAUAAGUAUUGGCCCCUGGACCGAGGGACCGUUCACCACGGGCUGAUCCAGGUGACGACGGUGACCCGCAAGCAGGGUCCAGAUUAUUUCAUCACCACCAUUAACCUCCGACAGAGAGCUUGUCCAACAGACCGGAUCAUCACUCACUACCACUACCCCGUCUGGCCGGACCGCGGCAUCCCGAAAGACGUCUCCUCGCUGGUCGCCUUCACGGAGCUCGUGAGGCAGGAACUGGAAGCGCCUCCCCGCCUGGGGCCGGCCGUGGUGCACUGCAGUGCAGGUGUCGGCCGCUCGGGCACAUUUGUGACGGCGCUGUGGCUCAUGCAGCUGUGUGCUCGGGGCAUCCCGCCGGACAUCCGGGCCGCGGUGGAGGAUCUGAGGCUCCAUCGGAUGUGGAUGGUCCAGAACCUGGAGCAGUACCUCUUAGUUCACCAGUGUCUGCUGCACUGGCUCCGCGGCGGUGGCGCCUCGGCACGCAGGCCGCAGGCUCAGGGAGCCACUUCAAAUAUUAACCCCCACGGCUCCACGGGGCGGGGGGGUCACACGGGGAGGAGACACAACCAACAACAACCACAACAACAACAACAACAACGACGACGACAGGCGGCUCCGGGAGGCCGACAACAGAACGCGGUGCAGCAGAUCUUACAGCCUGGGCAGCUGCUGAGGAGGCUGCUGUCGUCGUCGAGGCGGUUCAAUCCGGAAUCGGACGCCCUCUGAACCGUAAAAGCAACACAAAAAAAAACAACAACAACAACAAUGCCCUCACGAGACAACGCUGCCGCCGGCG